UCUCUCACUAAUGCGGCCGCGCUAAGGCCGAUGCGGGCGCCGCGAUGCCGCGCUGCCUCAUGGCUAAAAAGUGGAAGGUGGCCCCGGUGCCGGAGGUGGUCGAGGAGUCUGACGAGGAAAUCGACGUGGUGGGUGAGGGCCGCGGUCGAAGUCCUGCACCUGCGGCAACGGCCCCGGGGCCUUCGCCGCGCGAUCCAGAGCCCACGCUCCUCUACAACGGUUACACCGAGGAGAAACCUUCCACGCAUUUCACCGCCCAGUUGCCGAAUGAGGUGAGCCCGGUGCCCGCCGCCCCCGCCGGGCCCGAGCCCCCCUCACAACCAGCGUCUGAACCUCUCUCCUAUGCACUUCUACACCUCUCCAACUCAGACACAGCUGAAACGCCCUUUCUCCCAGUACAGUCUUCGCCUGUCUCCCCUACUCUGCCACCGGCGAGCGGCAAAUCUACAUCGAUGUGUUACACGAGCACAGGUACGCUACUCUCUCUUCCACCAAAGAAGAAGGACAUCUAUCGGCCGUACUGCCUCGGUGAUCGCGCAGCACACCCCGAUCGCCCCGAAGAAGAUCUCAAUGCAGCUCGCGCUAUUCUCGACUUAAGUCAGCACGCCGUCUACUUAACUCCGCCGCAGCGAAUAGAACCAUCACAUCCAGAGCCACCACCACCACCACCGCCGCCGCCACCGCCACCGCCACCUGAAACACCAGCACCGGAUACGUCUGCAGAGCGACCGCGCGAAACUAUAGCCUAUACCUACGAUGCAUUUUUCGUGAGUGACGGUCGUUCGAAGCGUAGAAGUUUCGCAAACGCCCCUGUCGAAUGCGCACAACAGCCCGAGCCUAAGUCGAAGUACACAUGCAGCGAGUGCGGGAAGCGAUAUGCCACGUCAUCCAACCUAUCACGUCACAAGCAGACGCACCGCAGCUUGGAUUCUGUGGCUGCUAAGCGGUGUGGUGAGUGCGGUAAAGCAUACGUGUCGAUGCCUGCACUAGCAAUGCACGUGCUUACACAUCAGCUAUCGCACGUGUGCGGUGUAUGCGGGAAGUUGUUCUCAAGGCCGUGGCUCCUGCAGGGUCAUUUACGUUCGCACACUGGAGAAAAACCCUACGGGUGUGCUCAUUGCGGUAAAGCGUUUGCGGACCGUUCUAACUUACGAGCCCAUAUGCAAACACACUCUUCAGAUAAAAACUUUGAGUGUUCGCGUUGUCAUAAAACUUUUGCGCUAAAAAGUUACCUAAAUAAGCACCAGGAGUCGGCGUGCGUACGCGACGAAGACUCGACGCAAACUGAUCCAACUAACUCAGCGUCCGAGUAAAAUCAGCCGCUUCAGGCCGAUGCAACCAGGGACCGUAACCACCGCCAAAAGGCCUACAAGUAAACGUAAAGUAUUAAUAUGAAUUUAGCUUGUUAGCAUAAUAUAUAAUAAAUUAAAAUAGUAUUAUAGGAGCGAGCACGACCGGCCGAGGCCGCACGGCGAGCGGCCGGUCGUGUCGCGACGAAAUCGAGCAACGUUUCGCAAACAACGAAUCAUGUAUGAACCCGUAGAGCCGCGGUCGCAGGCGUUAGGCCGUAGCGGUAGAUGUCCCAUUAAGUAUAAAUUUUAAAUGUAUAUAAUUAAACGUGGACAAAAUAUACCCAUAUAUACAUAGAAUAAUGAAAUAUGAAUGAAACUAAUAUCUUUUGUAGGUGACUUUUACAAAAGCAAUGUAGGUUAGAGAGAAAUACUGUUUAAGUUAAGCGUCGGUAUGCGAGAGCCGAGCGUCGAGCUCGUGGGUGUCGGUGAGGAACUUGCCAAAACUUUCCGUCCGAAGCUCCGCAGCACGCGCGCGUCCCUCCCCCCGCAGCGCGCCGCCGCCGGCCCACCUCAGUGCCUUAGCGACGACCGUGCGCCGCACAAAUGCCGCAUCCGCCCUCGACUACAUUAUACUAUACACUAUACUAUAUUAUUAUGUAUAUAUUGCAAACGCUAUCCUUAUACUAUACAUAUAUAUAUAAUAUUUAGAAGAUUCGCAUUUAGUAAAUCAAUCAAAAUGUAUAAAUAAUAUUACCAAACAAGUGUUUUGAAAAUAAAAAUUUACUGUGACAGUUAGUAAGAUUAAACUACAGUAAUAAUAUAGCUAUAAUGAGAGUAUCUUAAAUAAAUUUUGUAGAUUAUUGAAGUAUCCAAUUUAAAAAUUCUUCAAAUUUUCGUGAAAUCAAUUCUAUAAUAUGUACAUGCAGUUUUCAUUAAUACGUGAAUUAAAUCAACAUAAAAUUAAAAGCAAUAAAAUAGUUUUAAGAUGGCGGUGGGCGCAUCCAGUGUCGGCGAUAGAGUAGGGCCGUGCAUGCGACCAAACAAUUGAUGCGCGUGCUUAGACAAGACAAACAUAACUGGCAAUAAAACUAACUUAGCGAUAAGAUAGGUUAUAGUCUGUAAUAAGGACGAGCACGAGGUGCUCGGUGUAAAAUGGGUAUUCGAAAAGCAAUAAUAACGUAGAAAUUAAAGUCGCGAUCUGCAGUCGUUUGGACGCAGCUGACUUCUAUAUUCAGUAGUUUAGUAGUGUAGUCUACCCC